AUGCUCGCUGAAGGUGAAGGUGGACCGAAUGCCACGAAACAAGCACAGAGCACGAGCGGCAACCCUCAGCGUCAAUCUGCAACUGUCCAGGCCAAAAAUGUGCCGGCGUCGCCCCGAACGUCCUCCAGUAGUAACCGAGUGAACGAUCGCUUGCAAGAGCGCUUGGCUAAAGCUAUCGCAACCAAAGGCGGCAGCAACGCAACCGAGGUCUCUAGUAUCACAGUCAAUUCCAAUGAUUUUCCGAACAACAAAGCUUCCACCACAUCGGAAAAUAGCGCUGAGAAUCAGGUCCAACAACUGCGUGGUCCAGAAAGCCCGCAGACGGCUGCGGUCGGGGCAGCUGUCAUUGAACCUCUGUCCACGAACGAAACACACGGCACUGGGUUAGAUGACGUGCGAGAAGAUGCGAAGCGCGAUGGCGCUGAGCCUAUCGAGCUCGAGGAGGAACACCUCGCAAUCAAGUUGCCUCCAUCUUCUGAAGUGACGACAACACCUUCCGAUUCACUCUGUAGUCGCUGUCAAUCCUUGGACGUCAAGAUUUCGACCUUGGAGGCUGAGCAUCGUGGUGAGGUUCAUCGAUAUAUCGAGCAGGUUGAUGCCUUGCAGGCCAAAUUGCAGUAUUUGUCCCGUGAAGCCAGUCAAGUUGCGAGGAAUGCUAUUAACGAUACUCAAUCGGGCACCCCGGAGCGAAAAUUGGCUGAAAAAGAUGAAAGGAUCGCAGUGCUCAUGGAGGAAGGGAGAGGCAUGGCUGCUACUGAACAGAAGCACCGAAAUGCGAUAAAGAAGCUCAGGAUUCAGGUGGCCGAUAAUGAGAAGGCCAACGCCGAGCUGAAAGCCGCGCUUCAGCAGGCGCGGGCGGGUCUAGCUGACUUUCGUGCAAGCGAAACAAAGCUCGAACAGCUUGAGAGAGCUAGAUUCGAGUGGCAAGUUGGGUCGGCAAAGAUGCGUGAGGAGCUGAGCAUGCUGCGAUCAGACCUCAGCGCAAAGCAGAUCACUAUUGAGUCUCUUCGACAAGAUCUACAAAAAGCAAUAGACGAAGCGGAUACAUCCGCGUCGCGGUCUCUCGCUGAAGCUUUAGAAGCUGAAAAACGACGAGCCAGGGAGUUCGAGGACAACAUCGCGUCACUGCAGGUCGAGAAGAAUCUGGUCGCCGAACGAGCCAAGAAGAGGGAAGCAGAGCUCAGAGAAAAAGCUGAUGAGGCUGCGGAACGCUCACGUAUUGCUCAAUUGGAGUUGCAAGGUGAAAUGCAGGCAAUCGAGGGCAGACUCGAGGCCAUGCGGGCUCUAGCAGAAGAGGCUUCAUCAGGGGCUGUCGGCGACUCUCAGGCCAAACUUUUGCGACAAAUGGAAACACUCCAGACUCAGCACGCUAUUGCUAGCGAAAACUGGCAGGGAAUAGAAGCUAGUCUCGCCACACGCCUAAGCAAUCUGGAGAAGGAGAGAAACGAUGCAUUGCGGAGAGAGUCAGAUAUGAGAAAGAAGGCUAGGGAAACGGACCAGCUCGUCACACUCCAGAAGCGUGCAGAGGCAGCGGAUGCUGCGCUUGCACAAGCCAAGGCAGAUUUCGAAAAACAACUAGCCAACUGGAAAGCGGAACGCUGGGAUAAUCCUGACCGACGCCUUUGGCUGGAGGACGUCCCAGUCGCAUCGCCAAGGAUACAGAGGGCCAUCCAGCAAGGGUCGCAAAAUCUCAACUCCUGGCAGCGUCGCUGA